AUGGAGCAACGAGAGGUUGAGAAUUCAAAAGCAUAUGAUGAGCUCCUAAGUAAAAACAAGGAAUUGCAACUGCAAACGGAAUCAGCUCAAUUUCAAUCGGCUCUUGGGAAUGCUAGAAAUGUUCGCUGGGAUGAUGAAGAUGUCAAUAAUUCCGUCAAUCUCAAUAGUGAUAUCAAAACACUUCAAACUUCUUUACGCGAAUUUACCUAA